CUGGGUAGUUCUGGCCUCGCGAGUCUGUCCCGCGGACAUGGGUAGCGAGGGCGCAGGGGGCGCCGCCGCCGUAGCCGCCAAGGUGGCGGCCGCGGCAACAGCGGCCGAUGAGGACGUGGAUGCCGACGGGCCUCUCGUCUGUGGCACCUGUGGGGGAAGCAUCGCCGACGAGGACUUACGAGUGAACGGCGCAGCCAUGAAACCUUACCAUUCGUGGCGCCUGUCAGGAGAGCAGUUCCUCCAGGCCAAAGCGAGGGAGCAGGGGGCUUCGAAGGCGUUGUCCUCCUACAAGGCUCAGCACCCGAGGGAGUACAAAUACAAAUUGAUGGAGAUCAGGCCCCCUCACGCCCCAGGGUCGUCUGCAGCUCGGCGCGGGGCUUUCCAGCGCCAGGCCGCCGAGUCCUUCUUGGAAGAGAUUAAGCAGUACGAGAGGGUGUCCAAGCAGCGUUACGUGUUUAUGUUGGGCGAGCGGGCGUUCAUGGCAUGGUUCAUCCGCGAAGAGCUUUACUCCAAGGAGGAAGCCCAGAAGAAGUGGAACGAGUCUGUGGCCGAUCGUCGCGUGUCCAGGGUCACGGAGAACGGGAUCCUGAAGUUAGCGGUCCAAGGCCAUACCACUUUCGUGCACGAGACGGGCACAGAGAGGUCCAGCAUUCAGAAGAGGGAGAAGCACGGUUCCCCGCAGGCAGUGGAAGCGGCCGCCCGCGCUUCCAAGCGCGUCCGGGGCGCGGGCCAUCAGUUGUUCGCCGCCAGCGGCGGCCAAUAUUUCAAGGACGGUGCCGCGACCUUCUCCUCGUGGAAGCAGUGCGGCCGAGGGCGGGGUUCGAGCUGCGGAGGGCGCGCUUCCUCCGCGUGGUCUGACGACGAGGGCGACGGCGGCGACACCGACGGGGGCAUUGCUGGCGAAGACUGGAG